AUGGCGGCUCCAGUGAAAAUCCUCUCGCUGGGCUCAGCAAAUGGAUCCAUCCGAAAUUUGUUCACCAAAAUCAAAACAAUCGACGACAAACAUGGCAAGUUUGACUUUGCACUCUGUGUUGGGGAUUUCUUCGGAAAGUUGAAGGAGAAGGAGGAUGUGGAAAACGCGGGAGACGAUGAAAUAUCCUUAUUGCUGGAAGGCAAACUACCGGCUCCAAUUGAAUGCUAUAUCAUGCAAGGUGAAAACCCUCUCCCUGACGCGGUCAUUCAGAAGUUUGCGAAGACAGGAGGGGAGCUGUGCAAGGAUGUGUUCUUAAUGAGUAAAUCAGGCCUCGUAACAACCGCGUCCGGGCUGCGUAUCGCCUGUUUAGGAGGAACAUUCGAGCCGAGCAUCUUUUCGUCUUCUGAAUCCGCCCCAGGCUUCGCUUCACCCUUCUUCUCCGAGCAAACUGUGGAAAAGCUAUUGAGUAAUAGCUUGACGUCGACUUCCUCUGCAAAACAAAAACAAAACUACAAAUCCUUGGCAUCAAUCCAAUCAUCCUCGUCCUCAUCUCAGUUCGUGGAUGUGCUCGUUACGAACGUCUGGCCGGCCUGUGUAACGGGGUUCUCCUCUGUACCACUACCUUCUUCAUUACCUUCAUCUAAAAUUGGUGCUGCGCCUCUAGACGACUUAUGCAGGCGCCUUCGACCGCGAUAUCAUUUCGCUGCGGGCGUCCCAGAUGGUAGUAAAGAAACACAGCCGGUGUUCUGGGAACGUGAGCCAUUUGUGUGGGAUGAUGAUAAUGGAAAUGGUCGAGCGUCCAGAUUUAUCAGCUUGGGUGUUUUCAAUGGGCCGGUACCUGUCAAUGGGAAGAAGCAGAGGUGGUUUUAUGCAUUUUCCAUUGAGCCCGGAUCCGCUUCCUCCACUGCUCAGAAACCCAAAAAUGCAAGCAAGAAUCCUUUCACUGAAACCUUACCCCGCAAACGACCGUUCCAAGAAGUUCAAUCCUCGCAAGGGGAGAAUUAUAUUUUUGGUGACGUUCGACAGCCAGUGAAGAGGACCAGGAUAGAGAAUAUCGACGGAAAACCUCCGCCAGGAUAUAAGUGUCGGAGGUGUGAUUCCACUGAGCACUUCAUCAACAAUUGUCCGGAACGACAAAAACCUCCGGAAGGUUAUGUGUGUCGGAUUUGUAACAUUGCUGGACAUCUUGUUCGAGACUGUCCCUCAAGCUCUCAAAAUGCCGUUGGAGACACCGGAGGCCGGAAGCCCAAAGAAGGUUAUGUGUGCAGAGCGUGUGGGAACGAGGGCGGACAUUAUUUGGAUGAUUGUCCUGUUGUCACUCAGCGAGGAGGUGGAGGUGGAGGAAAACGAGGACCGCCGAGAGAGAUUGGACCGGAGGAGUGUUGGUUCUGUUUGUCGAACCCAAAUUUGGCGAAACACCUUAUCACCUCAAUCGGCGAAGAAUGUUAUGUCACUCUACCCAAAGGACAGAUUAUCCCGACGCAAUCAGCCGCUCCCGAGAAUAGAGCGUCCUCAAGGACAAGUGUACCUGGCGGAGGGCAUGUUCUCAUCGUUCCCAUUACACACUACCCAACGUUCAAUACCAUUCCAUCGGACCUAGCUCCCCCGAUCAUCGAGGAAACGGAAAAGUAUAAACUCUCCCUCCGUAACUUCUACGCCAAGCACGCAUGCCAUCCCGUUUUCUUCGAAAUCUCCCGCCUAGGUGCAAGAGGUGCAAAAGGUGUACAUGCCCAUAUACAAUGUGUGCCACUACCCCAAAGUCUCAAGACAGAAGAGGUCGAAGAAGCUUUUGUAUCCCAAGCUCGGUCACAAGGCAUUCUCUUUGAACAAGAUGCAGAAGAAGCGUUACGCUUAGGUGCGGGAGGAGCAAGUUAUUUCAAAGUAGAACUACCGGAUGGAAAGAAGAUGGUGCAUUUGAUAAACCCUGGUGUACCCUUCGGGAUUCAAUUUGGGAGACAAGUUCUCACAGACCUUCUCGGAUUUCCAUCACGGGUCGAUUGGAAGACGUGCACGUUGGACGAGGAAGAGGACAGAGCUGAUGCGGAGGCAUUUAAAGCCGGGUUUGGGCCUUUUGUGACUUGGACGUGA